AUGAGCGUGGCUGGGGUGGGUGCCGCGGCCGCUGAGGUGCUGCAGGGAGCAGAGCUCGAGGCACUAGGGGUGGAUUCCGAUGAUGGCCGGCGACACGGUCCCUCGGAGGUUGACCAGACGCACAGCGAUGCGAUCGUUGAAGCAGUCGUCCGGCUUACCGCCGCCGCCGAUGCAGCCACCGAUGCAGAGGCUGAUGCAGAAGCCGAUGCCCACGACGAAGAGGAUCGAGUGACAGAGGUGACAGUGAGGCCGGGGUCGGGGUCUGCUGCUAAGCGGAAUGCAACCGAAGCCCGGGCAAGCUAUGAGUGGGCUGCACCAGAUGAGGCUGUUUACUGGAUCAGUGAGGUUCUACCGUCGCAACUGGGUUCCUUGGUGCCCGGGUCGCCUCUGUCUGCCGCCAUUGUGCAGCGCAGUGAGGAGGAGGGCGAGGAUCACCCGAUCAAGCGCAUCAAGCGUAUUGCUCGCGUGCAACAGGAUCCCUUCGCCAUGCUCUGCGACCUCCUCUGGUUGCAGCUCGAGCGGCUGAUGGCCCGAUUGGCGGAUAAUGAUGCCAAAGACCCAGGCUUGAGGGCAUCAGCCAUGGACACUGACACCGCUUCGCGCGCCAGCCCAUCUCCCAGCCUCAGUGACCGCCCGACCCAGGCCAUCCUCACAAGCGUAGAGGCCCAUCUCUCUGAGCAAGGCGCCACGGAGAUGCAGUUGGUGGGGCUGGCACAAAUUUGGGGCCAGCCCCAUCUCCAUUUUUCUGCUGCCCUGCUGCGCGGGGCUUGUCACUUGCAGCACAUCAAUCCGAAUUCCAUGGCUGCUCUCGCUGCCUCUACAUCCGCUUCCAUGCCGCCCACUGAGUCGAGGCAUCCGCGUGCUUGGCCUACUCUGGCCCUCCUCGCGAGCCUACACGAUCCUGCGCUUGCCUCGUAUCUGCUGCCGUCCAUGGACGCUGAGUGGUGCCAUCGCUUUUGCAGCGCGGCCGCCCAGCUUGCGCAGACGGCACCCAAAAGUGCGCGGAUGACACCUACCGCGCGUGCCGCCCUAUAUCACUACUGCCGACUCGGCCAGGAGCAGUCCCUGGUGCAAAAAGAUUUGCGCGAGGUCUUGACUGAUCCAGCUCGUUUUGACAUGAUCAUGGCCUGUCAGGCCUCACCUUCUGCCUCGCCCCAUCUCUUCUCGGCCUACUUACACACUCUCGUAACGCUGACGGAUGCAAUGGGGCAGUUGACCCCGCAAGCACAUGCGCUCUGCCAUCACUUGUGCCAGCAGCCCUGGCACCUUGUGGCACAUGCCGACGUGCCACACAUCAUUGAAACGGCAUGUGCGGUGGCUCGGCUGCCUGCCCACUCCCCUGCCAGCUUGUUGGACCUGCUACUGGCCGUGACGCGGGCCCUGGCCCUAUGUGCCGCUGGUGGAGAGCUAUUACGAGUCUGGUCGGCCGCCAGCCCGACCAUUUCCGCAGCACAAGUCGUCGAAGCCCUCCUCUCAGACUCGGCGCUUGUGGUGGGCCAGCUUAUCCUGCCGCGCUUGGUUCUAUAUGCGGCUGGAGACGUCAACGCUGAUUGGAAAGACUACAGCAUGGGCCUGGUCGCUCAUUGUUUACGCAAAGCGCCUCAUCUUCUGGAGGAACACGCGGCCGAGCUUUGCCUGCAACCUGACAUGCUCCUUUGCCUUGGAGCAGACGAAACAAGUCGUGGUAUCGUGGUUCACUUUUUAGAAGCAAGCACCCUCUACUGGUCAAACAGCUCACGUGCCGUUGCCCGGGCCACUGCCACCGCAUUGAAGCCGUUUUGGCAUCAGAUUGCGGCGCUGCGCCCAGUUCUUGUGCAAGUGCUGCGUUCUUCAGACUCGGCCAUCGUGUUUUGGCGUGUGCUAUUUGCAGCCAUUCUCGAUGCAGUGCAUGGUGUAUCUCGGCGCUCGCAACAUGGUGAUGGCUUGUCAUCCAUGAAGGAGGAACUAGAACUUCAGCAUUCGUAUGCCUCGGGCCAGAUUCCCAACGCCGCACCGACCAAUGCCAGCCGGGAUGCUUCGACAAUUGAUCAGGCCGGACUCCUGCAGCUUUUGGUGGACUCUUUGGCCACCUACCCUGAAUUGGCCACCAUGCUCCCUGCCAUUUUUUUGGCGGCGCGGCGGCAGGCCGAGCCUGUUCCUGUACCCAAGGCGGACGCUACGCAGCAGAGCAAUUAUUUGUGGCCCUAUGAUCUCAAUUUGCGCAAGUCCUUCGAGAGGCUGCCUUUAUUGCACGAUGUGUUGCUUUUCGCGCUUGAGGCACCAAGCUUUCACCGGGAGGGUGCGAAUAUGAUCCACAGCCUGGCGCGCACAGCCAUGGUUACCCUCUUACCCUUGAUCAAGAUCAAUCAACUAAAGAUUCGCGUGACGCCAGUGAUGCAGCAGCAAUGUGCAACCCUGAUGCAUGCCGCUGGAUUAUGUCCGGGGGUGCCGCCCGCAUUGGCUUCGCUGCGUCUCGCCGUGCCAGAGAUGACGGCCAAGGAGCUGCAUACGCUGUUGGGAUGCUUGCUGCGAGGACUCUCGUUGGCUACGGCGCACGGCAGCGAUGCAAACAGCGAAAAGACGCGAAGCGCGGUGCAAGAUGCGUUUGAGCCCGUUCGUCGCCUUAUGAUUGAGCGACUGGAGGUUUUUGCCAACGUGUACGCCGAGGCCUUUGGCAAUCAUCAUGCCUCAUGA